AUGGACGGUGCAAGAGUUCAGGAAGAAGACUGGGUGGAGCGAACACCCUCACCGUUGGAUAUCUCGGAUGAAGCACCGCAGAUUGAUCCAAUCGCUUUCAUCCCCAUCUCCACCACCCGACCCCAUCCUCUUGACACCGGCAGCGACUCCGCAUCUACAUCGACACCGAGCUCUCAUUCCAGCUUCUCCUUCUCCCCAUCCCUCUUCGAAUCCACGCCACUCCCCCAAGACACCCCAGCGAGCCCCUCACCGUCAACAAGUCCAAUAAACUACUCCCUUCCCAUCCCCUACUACCGACCGUCCCGCCCAACCAGUCCAGCAACACCAUCCCGUGCCCGCGUCCCAUCCGGCUUCACGGGCUUCACGAGAUACAUAUCUCCAAGAAGCUCCGAAAUCACACCCAGCACCUCAGUCAUCGGCGAGAAUAUCCCCGCCACCGCUGUAGCAAUGCUGCAAGCCUCGCCAACUACUAUCCACAUCCGGCAACCUCUUUCAAGACCUGGCACCGCUAUUCAGACUACUCCAUCACCAUCACCUUUAUCCACUCCAGUAACUGAGAUUGGAGACCCACUCGCGGAUACACCGACACCCACUCUCUUCAUCCGAAGUUCGCACUCACGGCCUUCCCCAUCACCAUCGCCUCUAUCCACACCGGUGACUGAAAGCGAAAACCCGCUUUCGGAUAUCACACCUCAACCCUCGCCUACGACGACUAUCAUCCGCCAUUCCCCAUCACCUCUAUCUACACCAACAACCGAAAUCGAGAACCCCCUUUCAUCUAUCGACGACUUCCCCCUUUCCACCCACUCCUCCCUCCCCACCACCACCACCACCACCAGUCCGCCCUCCUCCCCCGACUCCCGCACAACAAUCCUGCUCCUCCACCGCGCCCUCUCCACCUCAACCACCACCAGCCAAACAGACACGCACCUAAUCCGGACCGCGCGCCUCGUCCUCGGUCUCGCCGUGCAAAGCGCCGCAGGCCGCAUCCCAGCCGACAUCGCGGAAAAGGUGUCUGCGCAGCUGUUUCCGGAGGAGGGGCAGGACGUCAUGGGGAAAGAGGAGUUUGAGGCGUUUGUAAAGGAAAGUGUGGACAGGGGGGAGGUUAGUGUGGUUAGGGGAGCGCAGAUUUUGGAGUUGGUUGGGGCUAGUACUAGUUGGGUGGGGGAUGGGGAUGAGGAUGGGGAAGAAAAUGAGGAAGAGGGCGUGUAG